AUUCGUUGAUCAACAUCGCGCAACAGCGGAACGAAGUAUACACGAACAGAAAAAAACGGUUUCCUUUUAAAAAUUCAAAUUUGGUGGAAGUGAGAUGAUCGUUUUGGUAAAAAAGUGCUGUUGAUUUGAUGACAGUUAAGAAUAUUAUGAAACUAUUGAAGACGUUAAAUUAAUUGAAGAAAAUAACGCAUUGAUUAAUGAGUGUGUGUUGUUAAAAUUAUAAAUUUUACAACAAAAAUAAAGGAUAAAAUAGACAACCCGGUGCAUAUAAAAGGAUAAUAACUUCACCUGCAACAGAGAUCAUUUGAAUUGCUGACAAUUGUUCAAAAUGCUGACAGAUCCAGGUGUAUUUCCAUCAUCAGAUGUUAUACGGCAACGAAUGAUGGUUGCCGAAUUUGUAGCCCGACAGCAGUCCGGCUCACCUGUUAACGGUGAGACACCAAAUCAAAAUCACAACAACUCAAAUAUGCCGAACGGAAUGCCAUCGCCUAACUCUUACGGACACGACAACUCACACAAUUCAAUGCUAAUCGGUCCCGGCCCAAUGUCGCCAAACAGUGAAGAUGGAUUUCCGCCCGGUUACGACAUUGCCGCUCACAUAAAACGAAAAGAGUUAUUCACACAACGGAAGCAGCGUGAAUUCAUACCAGACAAUAAGAAGGAUGACAGCUAUUGGGACCGACGCCGGCGAAAUAAUGAAGCAGCCAAGCGAUCCAGAGAGAAGCGACGUUUUAACGAUAUGGUUUUGGAGCAACGAGUCGUUGAAUUGACUAAAGAGAACCACGUUCUGAAGGCCCAGUUGGAUGCAAUUAAAGACAAAUAUGACAUUUGCGGAGAGAAUUUAGUCGACGUGGCCACAAUCAUGGCUACACUACCAACAGCCGAACAAGUAUUAAGUAUCACAAAACGGGCCAAACUCAACAAUGGCGUACCAUCAUCCAUAAUAUAUCCACAAUCACCAAGCCCAGUACCCACAUCAGUUAUCCAUCAACCAGUUUCCAUGGACCAUUCACCAUCUCCAAUUCACCACCACUACCUAUCCCGCGCAUCCAGUCCACAUCCCAAUGAGCAAUCCUCGUAUAUGCGCGAGUCUGAGUCAUAUGCCCACUACAGCAAUUAUCCGUCGAUUAUUCCGAAUGGCAAUGGAAAUGGCAUGAUUGACCAACCGUUCGACAACGCAUCAAAUGCAUCAACGAACGUUUUAAAUCUUUCACGUCGUGCGCCCUCACCUUAUGAAAUAUCAAGUGGUACAGGUUCCGGUGCCGGUUCUGGUGACGACGAACACAGUGAAGUUCAAUCACCCGACAUGAAUAACAGUUUGCCAUUAAAAUUACGACACAAAUCCCAUUUGGGCGAUAAGGAUGCGGCAACAGCACUGCUAGCAUUACAACAUAUCAAACAGGAACCCAGUUCCAGACUAUCACCGCCGUGGGACGGAGAAGGCAGCAGUGACGAAAGAGAUUCGGGCAUUUCAAUCGAUACAGGCGAUUGGAAUAUGCAACGAAAAAUUGUUUUGCCGGUGGUUGGGGCUGGAAGUGUCUCAGUGACUGGUAGUGAGAAGGAAGAGAAUAUCCAUUUGAAAAGUCAAAUUGCUAGGCUAGAAUCGGAGGUAGCAACAAUAAAAAAUUUAAUGAUAAUGAAUACCAGUGGCGUAGCAACGGCACAGUAAAUUGAUUCAAUUAAUAAGAAAGAUAGAAAUGGAAUUAUGGAAAGUAACUAAACGUGCAGGGAUUUUUUUUUUGUAAAGAAAAAGUAAAUGUGUUAAAUGAGAGUCCUAUAAGAAGAUUAACUAUUAUGAAAUACAAACCUAUGUUUUUAUCGCGUGUACAGACACACUGCUAGUUUAUAUACAUAUUACCUACAUAAUCCUAAAAAAUAUAUUAAAAGAAACACAUAAAAAAUCAGUCCACUGAAACAUGGACUUUAAACAAUUUUUUUUACCUAAAACUUUUAAACUUAUGCUGUGUCGAUUUACCCCAUAUAAUUAAUAAAAAAAUAAAUAUUUUUUUACACUGAAAAUACAAAAGAAAAAUAAGACAAAAAAUAUAAAAAAAAUCAAACCAACAGUAAACUAAAAAAUAUAUUUUAUUUAAAAGGGAAACAAACAAAAAAAUCAUCCAAAAAAUUUAGAAACGAAAAAAUAGAGCCAGAAAAUUGAGAUAUUUUUUAUACAAUUUUGUGAGCAGAAACAAUAGAAGAAAUAUUUUUUUAAAUGAAAGAUGUAGAAAAUAUCGUUAGAAACGAAUAAAAUAUUCAGGUCAUUAAGUGAUUGUUUGCAAUGAAAUAUGUGUCUUAAGUACCAUCAAAGAUGGAGAAUAUAAGAUUUUAUUGGAAAUUGAUAGCAUGAAGGCAUAGAUCAAGGGAAGCAUUUACUUUCCGUUUUCUCUUGUUUUUUUUUUUUACUUAGACUGACGAGACAUUGUCAGUAGAAGUCAGUUUUUAUUUUCUAGUGUUAUGCAAACUAAGGAUGGACUGACCGAAAAGCUUCCGUUGGUCACUCAUUGGUAUUGCAUUUAAAGUGAUCAUCCAAAUUAAUUUGAUUGAAAAUUAUUAAAAGUUUAUUUAAAUAGAAAGACUGCUAAAUAAAUGCAAAUUUUUGUGAGACACUAGCGGUUUCUUAUUGACCGAUGGGAAGAGUGGAUUUGGUAGAAUUUUAAGCCGGUUUGCAAUUUUUGUUUUAGAAAAGUCUCUCAUUUUAUCGAUCUGCCAAGGUAACGAAAUAUUUAGUGACUUCCAUUUAGUUUGCAUCGGAGAGUUAGCUUAAUUUUACAUUGAUAAAAGCUCUCCAGUUUAAAGAGUAGUGUCAAAGCUUCGUUUCCUGGAAAUAUUUUUCCUCGGAGUUAAAAGGUGAAUCACGACAAAUUUCAAUCGCUCAGUUCUUCAUUUUCAAGAUGUAAUUUUCUAUUAGAAAAAUUUUAUUUUGAUUUUUGUUUAGUCAUUGUGUAUUGUUAGGUUUCCUCAAUUACACCAUACACAUUGAGUUAUUUUUAAUAAA